AUGUGCACGUGUGCGCAACAAUCUGCACAACGCUACUACAGUGAGCCGGUUAAGGGCCAUCGGAAAGAGAAACCAACCUGCCGCUUUGCAGAGACACAGUGCAGCUUCUCGGAGGAGGGACAGCAGGCCCAGGGAUGGCGGAGCUCGCGCCGCAGUGGGGACCCCGCGUGCCCCACUGCGCCCCCGGCGCGGAGGGGCAGAAGCAGCAGCGCGGGCCAGCAAGCUGGGCGCGCGGGCAAGGCUCCCCCCGCAGCCCCGGCCGCCGCGCCUCGGCCCUGGGGCUGCACCGCGCCCCUCCGGCCCAGCCCGGGGCCGGGAUGCCGCCUCACCGCCCGGCGGGCAGCCGGCGCCCCCACGCCCCUCGCCUCCGACCGAGGUCGGCCCAACCGAAACCCGCCUUCCGCGCCGGGCCGGCCGUGCCACUCACCUCGCCGCCCGGCGGCGCUCGGGGUCGGGCUCAGGUUCCGGCGGCGGCGGCCCCUCCAUGGCGGCGGCGGGCGGGACGGCCAAGGCGGGCGGAGGAACCGGCGCGGCGGCGGGAGCGGCUUCCCUCAUCCGUGCGCAGGGCCCAGCAUGGCCGCGUCGGACGGUCGCCGCAGCCUGGAGCCGGGGCCCGGAGCCCCGGGGUGCGGGAGCGGCUCAGCCCCGCCUCCGCCCCUAGCCCGCCGCAGGGGCGGCUCGCGCCGCGGCCAUCUUGGGAACGGCGACCGGCCAGGGCCGGGCUACGGCGGGCGGCGAGGGACAAGUCUCCGCGGGCGGCGGCGGAGACGGCGGAGGGGGCUGCCACCGACGGGCUGGGAAGGCCGGCGAGCACGGGUCCGAGGGAGCGGCCCCGGGCCGGCGGCGCAGGCGCCCCAGGUGGCGGCGGGGGAGACGCGCCGGGUCGCGGCAGUUCGCCCCGGGGUCCGGGGCCGCCGCCGCUGCCGCCGGUUUCGCUCGCGGGGGUGUGCGGUGGGCUGUGCCCGCCCCGCGGCCCGGAGGUCGGCGGGGGGCGUGCACGAAGGGCCCCGGGAGAGGCUGCGCGGCCUCGGUCCGGCGGCGGUUCACGACUUCAGCUCCCAGGCAGUUCCGCCCAGCUCAGCAGAGGCAGAAAGAGAAGAGUACAAACAGCCCAAUCUGCUCAUGACCAGAGGGGCUGAUUCAUUUGCACUCCAGCAUACACACAGAAAGGCAGACUCAGUGAAAGAGCAAUAA